AUGACCGUCAAGUCAUAUCGCAUUCGAAUCUCCAUCGACAGAGGUGGCACCUUCACCGACGUCCACGCCGCCAUUCCUGGAAGAGAAGACAUCAUUCUCAAGCUCCUUUCCGUCGAUCCAGCCAACUACCAAGAUGCUCCCACAGAAGGCAUCCGCAGAAUCCUGGAGAUGGUCACUGGGGAGACACUACCUAGAGGACAGCUUCUCGAUCUCUUCCACGUUGAGUCCAUUCGCAUGGGCACGACAGUAGCCACAAAUGCGCUGCUGGAGAGGAAAGGAGAGCGCGUGGCUCUCAUCACCACCAAGGGAUUUCGCGACUUGCUGGCAAUCGGAAACCAGUCCAGGCCAAACAUCUUCGACCUCUCCGUGUCGCGGCCAGAUGUCCUUUUCGAUGAAGUCGUCGAAGUCGACGAGCGCAUCACCCUGGAAGACUACACAGAAGACCCGGCUUCCGUCAAGACGACCCCUAGUGCCGAAGACAAGGAGUUAGUCACUGCCAUCACCGGAGAGACCAUCAGAGUCCUGAAGAGGCCAGACCUGGCAGAGAUCAAGACCCAGCUGGAGAAGGUCCGCGAGCAGGGUUUCCGUUCCAUCGCUAUCGUCUUCGUUCAUUCCUACGCCUACCCCGACCACGAGCUCUUGGUCGGAAAGGUGGCCCUCGAGAUGGGCUUCUCGGUAACGCUGUCAUCAGAAGUCCAGCCCAUGAUCAACGUUGUUCCCCGUGGCAUGUCCGCCGUGGCUGAUGCCUACCUCACCCCCGUCAUCCGCCAGUACAUCGACUCCAUUUCGGCCAACUUCAAGGGUGGUUUCGCUGCCGCAGCUACCCGCAUCGAGUUCAUGCAGUCGGACGGUGGUCUUGUGGACUACCGUAAGUUCAGCGGUCUGAAGGCCAUUCUUUCGGGCCCUGCCGGUGGUGUCGUUGGCUACGCGCAGACGUCCUGGGACGACGAGGAGCGCCGACCUGUAAUCGGGUUCGACAUGGGCGGUACCUCGACCGAUGUUUCUCGCUAUGCCGGUGUAUACGACCACGUCUUCGAGACGACGACUGCGGGCAUUGCCAUCCAGUCACCACAGCUCGAUAUUCACACCGUCGCUGCCGGUGGUGGUUCCAUUCUGACCUGGAGAAACGGCCUCUUCAACGUUGGUCCGGAGUCUGCUUCCGCCCACCCUGGUCCGGCGUGCUAUCGUAAGGGUGGCCCGCUUACCGUGACAGACGCCAACUUGUUCCUGGGAAGACUCCUUCCGGAGUACUUUCCCAAGGUGUUUGGUCCCAAGGAGAACGAGCCCUUGAACCGCGAGGUCACUGCCUCCAAGUUUCUCGAGUUGACGAGCGAGAUCAACAAGGACCGCGAGGCUUCUGGCCUCUCUCUCUUGUCACCUGAGGAGGUCGCCCUGGGCUUCUUGAAGGUCGCCGACGAGGGAAUGGCGAGCCCUAUUCGUGCACUCACCGAGGCUCGCGGUUAUGAGGCCGGCGUGCACCACCUAGCCUGCUUCGGCGGUGCUGGCGGCCAGCACGCCUGUUCGGUUGCGACUGUUUUGGGUAUUUCCCGCAUCAUCAUCCACAAGUACUCCUCCAUUCUGUCGGCGUACGGAAUGUCGCUAGCCGAUGUCGUCCACGAGAUCCAACGUCCCUCCGCCAUCACUUACUCUGAUGAGACUGCCAGCAGCAUCAAGGAGCAGCUCGAGGACCUCUCCUCGCAGGCCACGCUCGAACUGGUGAAGCAGGGCUUCGCCGAAGACCGCAUCACCCACGACGCGUAUCUUAACAUGAGAUACGCCGGGUCCAGCAGCUCCCUCAUGAUCCUGAAGGGCGCCGACUGGGACUUCAAGACUGAGUUCGAAGAGGCCCAUCGCCGCGGCUUCGGUUUCCAUUUCCCCGAGAAGGCCAUCAUUGUCGACGACAUCCGCAUCCGAGCAACCGGUACAUCCCACGCAAAGGUCGAAAAGAGCCCCUUCGCUCAGAUGAAGACCGUUGAGGGCUCGACCGCCGGCGCUCCGAACCCCAGCAGCUCCAACCGGGUCUACUUUGACGGCCACGGCCACCUUGACACCGCCGUCUACGAGCUCCAGACCAUUCCCGUCGGCGCCCGCAUCACCGGCCCGGCGUUGAUCAUUGACAACACGCAAACGAUCCUCGUAACCCCAUCUUCCACGGCUACGGUUCUUGACAGCUACGUUGUCAUCGACCGCGCACCCAAAGAGGCUGUUGCUAAGACCAACGGCGAGCAGGAGGAGUUUAGCCCCGUCCAACUGACCGUUUUCGGCCACCGCUUCAUGUCGAUCGCGGAGCAGAUGGGACGCACCCUGCAAAAGACCGCCGUUUCCACCAACAUCAAGGAGCGUCUCGACUUCUCAUGUGCUAUUUUUAGCCCUGAUGGCGGCCUCGUCGCCAACGCUCCCCACGUCCCUGUGCAUCUCGGUUCCAUGCAGUUCGCCGUCCGCUAUCAACACAAUCUCUGGAACGGCAAGCUGAAGGAUGGCGAUGUGCUCGUCUCAAACCACCCGUCCUGCGGAGGCACCCAUCUUCCCGACAUCACCGUCAUCACUCCCGUGUUUGAUGGCGAGGAGAUUGCCUUCUAUGUUGCCUCUCGAGGACAUCACGCUGAUAUUGGUGGUAUCCUCCCCGGAUCCAUGCCACCCACGUCAUCCGCCCUUUGGCAAGAGGGCGCCGCGAUUGAAUCGACCAAGCUGGUUAGUGAGGGCCGUUUCGAUGAAGACGAGGUCCGCCGCUUGCUGCUUGAGGAGCCCGCCCAGUACGAUGGCUGCUCCGGUACCCGAAGAUUGCAAGACAACCUUUCGGAUCUCAAGGCUCAAAUCGCCGCGAACGCCAAGGGUAUCUCUCUGAUCAAGGCCCUGAUCGCAGAGAACGGCCUUCCAACCGUCCACCGCUACAUGUACGCGAUUCAACACACUGCUGAACACGCCGUGCGCGAGUUGAUGCAAUCCACUCUCACCAAAUUCGGCUCCGAGCCCCUCGUAGCCGUUGACUACAUGGAUGAUGGUACCCCCAUCACUCUCAAGAUCACAAUUUCCCCUGAUGGCUCCGCAACUUUCGACUUCACCGGCACCGGGCCGCAAGUCCUCGGCAACACCAAUGCCCCCAUCGCCAUCACCCACUCCGCCAUCAUCUACUGUCUGCGCGGCCUCAUUUCCUCGCAGAUCCCCCUCAACCAGGGCUGCCUGGCGCCCAUCGACAUCGUCAUUCCCGAAGGCAGCAUCCUCAACCCGGGUGCCGGCCUCGCCGUCGUCGGCGGCAACGUCCUGACGUCGCAGCGCAUCACCGACGUCGUCCUCAAGGCCUUCCGCGCCUCCGCCGCCAGCCAGGGCUGCUGCAACAACCUCACCUUCGGCACGGGCGGCAAGGACCCCGUGACGGGCGAGCAUAAGGACGGCUUCGGCUACUACGAGACCAUCGCCGGAGGCGCCGGCGCCGGCCCCACCUGGGUCGGCCAGAGUGGCGUGCACACCCACAUGACCAACACCCGCAUCACCGACCCGGAGGUCUUCGAGAAGCGGUACCCGUGCGUGCUCAGGCGGUUCCAGCUGCGCGAGGGCUCGGGCGGCAAGGGCCGCAACAGGGGCGGCGACGGCACGAUCCGCGAAAUCGAGUUCCGCGUGCCGGUGCAGUGCUCGAUCCUGAGCGAGCGCAGGAGCAGGAGGCCGUACGGUAUGGAGGGCGGCGGCGAGGGCGAGGCCGGCGUCAACUUGGUGAUUGUGAGGGACGAUAUGAAGAAUGGCGAGGAGAGGACUGUCAACCUCGGGGCCAAGGCGACGACGAAGCUUCGUGCGGGUGAGAGGGUGAUAAUCCAGUCACCUGGUGGAGGUGCCUGGGGCGCGCCUGUCGAGGCGAACUGA